AACGUCAAAAUCAGCUGUAUCGUAACCUUUCGAAAUCAAGGCCUACGCAGUCGGUGAAUGGAGAAAUGAAUCCAGUUAUCAAGAUAAAUGUGCGCUAUCGGCAGUACGGCGAUCGGCUCCGCGAGUAUAUUCGAUAACACUUCGCGCGAGACUUUCGCCUCGUGUCAGGAUUAGAAAAUAUUAAGUGUAUCAAGUGUGGCACAAUGUCUUCGGUUGUUGAAGAUAUUUGUGAACUUUUAGACAGUUAUAAUGGACGGGACAAGGUGGUCAGGCUAGCCUGCUACACACUCAAACUGUAUGGCUGUAUAAAGGGCGAGAAGCCAUGGCAGACGGCAGGCUCGCGGCUGUCCAACGCGCGCAUGAUGCUGCGGCUCUUCGACGAUAUACCCAUGAUACGACACACUUACAGCUACGGGCUGGGCCGCCAUGAGUCAUCAACAAUGGCCGCGGCGCUCGGCGUCCUCGCCAACAUGGUUGACCAAGCCUUCCUGCCCGUGGAGAAGGCCUGCUGGCUGCAAGAAGUAGGCGUCUUGAAAUUGUCUCAAGAAACGGCGGAGCGACUAGAUAUCGUCAGUACGGCGCUGUGGGCAGCAAGUCUCUACAUAUCAUUGCUACAAACCGUCCGCGGCAUUCGUCAGCUAUGGUGGAGUCGCGACUGUCUGCGGCACUCUUCUGAGGGCGGGGGCUCCGAGGCGCGCCGGAACCUUGACGUGCGGCUCACAUUGCAGGCUGUUACUGCAGGUAAACUCCUCCUAGACAUAACGCACGCUGUGAGCUGCCUACCAGAAGGCUGGCUGUGGGGCGAGCGCGUCGACAGCACCAAGGUCGCCGCCAUCGCCACCACGAGCUCCCUCAUCGGCAUCGCUAUGUACUUCGCUAAGAAACGACUAUUGAAGUGAAGGUAGACUGGGUUAGAAGGGCCUGUCAGUUAAAACAAAUUUGACAGUUCCGAACAACUGACAGGCCGAUAUCGUCCGGCGGACUGGUAAUCAAUGGGCCCCUUAAGAUUAAGAUUAGGAAGGUAUCCUCAAUUAUAAUAAUAGUAUUGCAGAGCCAUCUAGCGAGUUUCCCAAAGUGGUUAAAAUAGAUGGCGCUGUACUUUAAUUUCCUAGCCAUUUUGGCAUGACUGCUUAUGUGAUGAGGCCCGUGGCGUUAUAGAAUUAUCAUCAGUCUUAUCUGUUUAAGUCACUACUAUAUAUCUACCAUCUUUAGAUACCUUUACAAUUACAAUAAUAUGUUUAAUGCGCUAAUGUGUGUAUAACCAUAGGAAAUGGUUGAAAUGUAUUAUUUUUAUACAUUUGCUGGAUUUUAUUUUAUAUGAAAUUGCCUAAAUUGGAAAGAAUAGGUAUAAUUAUUACCUAGCACCAUCUCACCAAUCCUUUAAAAGUAAUUUGGAAUCGUGGCUACUUACAAAAACCUUUUAUACUCUUAACGAAAUGAUGGAAUUGCCACUGACUAUGUAAUAAUUUUAUAUUUUAAUUCAGAAAAACUGACAUUACUAUGCUGCGUAUAUUUCGUACUUAUGUACUCUGUAAUGUGGAAUUUGUAUAUUUAUUGUACAAAAUUGUAUUUGACGUGUAUCAGUAUACUACCAAUAAAGAAUAUCUUAUCUUAUCUAGGUAUAAUUUAGUGGGAUGGUAAUGUCAAAAAGGUAUCAAAAUUGUAAUGUUAAGGAGUUAUUAUUUCAGCCGUAACUGCAGUGAAAAAGUUAAUUUUCACAAUUUUUGGGGUAGAAAAACAUGUUUCCAUUUUAUUGUAUUUACUUUUAGGGUAAACUACCUAAAGAUUGGCCCUUUAAAGUGCUGUCAUAAAGCCAGGAUUAAAAGUUACCACUGCUACCUUAAAGUAAGGUUUAGGGGCCUGAGAGGCCUCAUUAUAGGAGAGCCUAUAUUUAGCUGGGCGGAGUUUUUCCCUAUAAAAUAGACCUGUAGGCCGAUGAUAAAUAAAAAUAUCCUAAAGUCACUUACGGGUUAAGUUUUUUACUAUAUAGUGUUGAAUUUAUACGAAGCAUUUGUAUUUUGUAUUGUAUACGAGCGCGGUAUUCAGCAGCAUAAAUUCAGCGAGUAAUUAUGGCUAAGUACUUAGUAUCUACAUAUGUAAUGUUUAUUUUCUUGUUGGACUUAUACACGGUGGCUAAAAAAUAAGUGUAUUCCCGUUGCCAUUUUCUAUGGUACCAUAGUAAAAGUUGCUCAGUAUAAUACCAUAACCUCCCUGGCAACGGGAACGCACUUAUUUUUUAGCCACCCUGUAAAGAGAAAAUACAAAGCGUUAUGUUAACACACUAGGUAUUUUGCCCGUUGUGUAUUUCGUUUCUGAGCGUAGUGUAUUUACGUAUCUACAUUUAUUACUACAUAGCUGUUUAAACAUUUUUAUUACACAUUAAGUUUUAUGUCCUAAUGUUAUCUAAUAUAUGAAAUGAUAAAUCCAAAUUAUGUAGUACCUGAUAACUGAA